UCCCGCGUGGCCAGGGCGGGUGCGCGCCGCGGGCAUGCGCCCUGCGGGGGCGAGACGGCGGCUCGGCGGGGUCAUCCGGGCGCAGGCGCAGUGCGGUGUUUGUCUGGCGGACUGACGGGCGGCCGGGCGGUGCGCGGCGGGGAAGAUGGCGGCGUCCUCCCUGGAGCAGAAGCUGUCCCGCCUGGAAGCCAAGCUGAAGCAAGAGAACCGCGAGGCCCGGCGGAGGAUCGAUCUCAACCUGGAUAUCAGCCCCCAGCGGCCCAGGCCCACCCUGCAGCUGCCGCUGGCCAACGAUGGGGGCAGCCGCUCGCCGUCGUCCGAGAGCUCCCCGCAGCACCCCACGCCCCCCGCCCGGCCCCGCCACAUGCUCGGCCUCCCGCCCACCCUCUUCACGCCCCGCAGCAUGGAGAGCAUCGAGAUCGACCAGAAGCUGCAGGAGAUCAUGAAGCAGACUGGCUACCUGACCAUCGGGGGCCAGCGUUACCAGGCAGAGAUCGGUGACCUGGACAACCUGGGCGAGAUGGGCAGCGGCACCUGCGGCCAGGUGUGGAAGAUGCGCUUCCGCAAGACGGGCCAUGUCCUCGCCGUCAAGCAAAUGCGGCGCUCAGGCAACAAGGAGGAAAACAAGCGCAUCCUGAUGGAUCUGGACGUGGUGCUCAAAAGCCACGACUGUCCCUACAUAGUGCAAUGCUUCGGCACCUUCAUCACCAACACAGACGUCUUCAUCGCCAUGGAGCUCAUGGGCACCUGCGCCGAGAAGCUCAAGAAGCGGAUGCAGGGACCCAUGCCCGAGCGGAUCCUGGGCAAGAUGACGGUGGCGAUCGUGAAGGCGUUGUACUACCUGAAGGAGAAACACGGAGUCAUCCACCGUGACGUGAAGCCCUCCAACAUCCUGCUGGACGAGCGGGGCCAGAUCAAGCUGUGCGACUUCGGCAUCAGCGGCCGCCUGGUCGACUCCAAGGCCAAGACGCGCAGCGCUGGCUGCGCCGCCUACAUGGCCCCCGAGCGCAUCGACCCCCCGGACCCCACCAAACCUGACUAUGAUAUCCGGGCGGAUGUGUGGAGCCUGGGCAUCUCCUUGGUGGAGCUGGCCACGGGGCAGUUUCCCUACAAAAACUGCAAGACAGACUUCGAGGUCCUCACCAAGGUCUUGCAGGAGGAACCCCCGCUCCUGCCAGGCCACAUGGGUUUCUCGGGGGACUUCCAGUCAUUUGUGAAAGAUUGCCUUACUAAAGACCACAGGAAGAGACCAAAGUAUAACAAACUACUUGAACACAGCUUCAUCAAGCGCUACGAGACCCUGGAGGUGGACGUGGCCUCGUGGUUUAAGGACGUCAUGGCCAAAACCGAGUCGCCGCGGAGCAGCGGAGCGCAGAGCCAACCCCACCUGCCCUUCUUCAGGUAGCCGUGUGGCAGCGGCCAGCCCUCCCCUGCCCCUCGCCACCGGCCCCCCGCCCCGCCCAGCUGCCUGCCUGGGCAGACCUGGGGGGACCCUGGACAGCCGCCGAGGCUGAGGACAG